AUGGACUUUAUAGCCCUCCCAAAGAUUGAGCUUCACGCCCACCUCACGGGCAGCAUUUCCCGCCAGACCCUUCACGAAGUAUGGCUCACCAAGAAAGCCGCCGGGCAAACCGAUUUGGAAGAUCCACUUGCUGUCAUACCAGAAGGCAAACACGACUAUAACCUCAUAACCUUCUUCCCCCUCUUCAGCAAAUACAUCUACGCCCUCCUCACCGACGAACCCUCCAUCCGCCACGCCACAACCGCCGUCCUGCAAUCCUUUCUCCAAGACGGCGUCGUCUACCUCGAGCUGCGCACCACUCCUCGUCCAACACCGCAUCUCUCCGCGGCGCAAUACGUCGACAUCCUGCUCUCGACAAUAUCCGAAUUUGAAGAGCUCCAUCCUCAGCUUCACACGCGGCUUAUCCUCUCGGUGGAUAGGCGUCAUGAUUUUGACAUGGCCUCUUCUGUGCUUGAUCUCGCCAUCAACACCUCACCAGAAGGCAUCAUCUCUGCCAGAAAGCACGCAAUGAUAGUAGGUCUGGACCUCUGCGGCGACCCCUCCGCCCGUCCUGCAGGAGAAAUAUCCCUCUUCACGCCCGUCUUCCAAAAAGCCCGCGCCGCAGGCCUCGGCUUAACGCUGCACUUUGCAGAGAUCCAAGCCAGCGCCUCAAAGGCAGAGCUCGAGACCUUGCUGUCGUGGGGGCCCCGGCGGCUGGGCCACGUCAUCUGGGAAGACGCAGAGACGAAGAAGGAGAUUGCGAGGCGGAAAGACGAGCUGUGUCUGGAGCUGUGUCUGAGCUGUAAUGUUCACGCGGGCAUGGUGGAAGGUGGGUUCGAGAGCCACCAUUUUGGGGAGUGGAGACGUGUUGAAGGGGUGAAAGUGUCACUUGCGACAGACGAUGUGGGCAUCUUUGGCAGCCCGCUAUCCAACGAGUACCGCCUCGCUGCACAACAUUUCCAUCUCGAUAACCGGCAGAUCUGUGCUUUGGCUAGAGAAAGCAUCGACUUCAUCUUUGGAGGCGAAGAGGAAAAGGAGAGGCUACGACGGAUCAUGUGGGAUGACCAUACAACCGCAUUAUAA